CUUGAUUCUUAAUAGGCAUAAAAAAAUGAAAAAAACGCCAUUUUGAGGGGUAAAUAUGAGGGGAGGAGGUUGAAAAUUCUUGUGGGGAUACCUACUAAGGGUAUACAUAACUUCCAGAAAAAUUUUCAAAAUCGGUUAAAAUGAGGCUGAGAACCGUGUUAUUGAAAUUACAAAAAAGGGGGGUUCCCCAAAAAGGGGAGGUGGCGUGGAUCUGAAAUAUUUCACGCGGUAGUUUCUCGAUGGUACCCACCUUCCAUCCUAGUAUCAACCCGAACGCUCUCGGGGGUCAUUUCACUCCUCCUACGCGCCGAUAGCUUUUUUGUGUUUUUUAGAAAACCCCUCUCAUUUAAAUAGUUCUAGCCCCACCCCCCUUGGGGGUAGAAGGACAGUUGAUAUAUCACUAGAUCAGAAAUUUGACGUAAAACAAAAAAGUACUGUACUGUUUUUGACGUAAAAUCAACCCUUGAGGAGAAAACUGCAAAAAACCCAUUGGGGAGAGGGUUCAGCCCCCGAUAAAAAAAUUAGCAAGAGGGGUACAGGGUGGUAGCUCUUAGGAAUUAUUCAGGGGGUCACCCUCGACAAUUUCCUGCAAAAAAAUCUUGGCUAGGUGAAAAUGUUUUUUUAUUGCGAUUUUUCACCUUAUUUUUCCUAUACAUGUAUUAUUUGAAUAAAAAAGGAGUAAGUAAGAGUUUUUCGUUUUGACUUGCAAUUUGAGGGGAAAAUGAGAGAAUUUUUGGUACGACGUGUGGGAAAAAAUGGGAAAUUUCGAGCUGGCGAGUGGGAAAAAACAACAUUUCAAUAUCCCAUCACUGGACCAGAACAAAACACGUGUAAAAUAAGACCGUUCUUGUUAGGAUCACAUCGAACGCUAGCUCGCUUGCUCAUCACCAUGACAACCAAAAUAAACAAAAACAAUUUCUCGAAUAUAAUAUUGCAGUUUAUCAAUGGCAGAAGUUCAUAUUAUCGGACAAAUUUCGGGUGCUAGUGAUUUUCCAAGUAAAAGUUUAUUCUGCAAGUGGAGCUUACAUGCAGGAGGCGGUUGGAAGUUAGUUUCCGGUGUGAAAGAAGGCCAAACACAAAUCGAUGAUCCAGCUUAUGGAAAUAUUUCAUGGUGGUGUCAUCCGAUAGAUGUUCAUUACGCUACUAAAGGACCUCAAGGUUGGCCAAAAAUUCACGUACAAGUUUACUAUUACGAUAAAUACGGACGAAGUCAAAUCUACGGUUACGGAUUUUGUCAUAUUCCUACCACUCCUGGUACCCAUAAAAUCGAAUGCUAUACAUGGCGACCUAUUGGAACCGUUCACGAAGAAUUUCGUAGACAUUUCUUAGGCGGAGGAGUUCAACUACGUUCAUUAGACUUGAUUUAUUCCGGUAACGACCGAUACAGGUUGCAGACCGAAGCGAUGGGCACAGUGCAUUUGGAACUUGGCGUAAUAUUGCGUAAUUUCGCAAAAUACGGCGUCGAAACGUAG